AUGUGUGGAAUCGGUGUCGAUGUUCACCUCCUAUUCUCAGCUCCAAUUCUCCAUGAUAACGAACAUCCUUCCCCACAGUUUUUAACUCCGGACUUACCCCGGGCCGCUCAUCUUGCGGAGAAAGUCUGGUUGCUGAGGCUACAAACUGCCGACAACUUCUUGUUGGACACUGAGAAUACUCGGCCGUGUUUGCGGCUUCUGUCAUUCAAAACGACGUGA